AUGGACAUAGAUAUGGAUCCAGGAGAGACAGGAAAGACUAUGUCAAAUUAUGGGAAAAAAAUACCCACACCUGAGGAAGUGAAACUAAGAUGGAUAGAAAUUGUGCGGAACAAACCUAGUUCGACCUACGACCGAUUAUUCCACGCUGAGGAAGGCUUCCAUAGUAAGAUACACCGGGACGACCGUCAGCACACCAUGAACCUAAAUGUGUAUUCGGAGGAAUCUUCAAAACAGAUACCCGUACUGUCAUCGUCAGCGUACGGACACGGAAAACCACUCGAAGUACCUUCCCGUCAACACGCGCGCAUCGAGCGCGUAGUUAAAGGUUUUUAUCGCACACGAGGUACAAAUCUACCGGAAUAUGGCUCAGACCAGUGA